AUGUCAAGAAGAACAACAACAACAACUAAACCACAAGAUGCUUCAAUUUCUUUAGAAACAUUAUCUAAAACCUCAAGAAGAGAUAGUACAAUUGAUUUGAAAUCAAUUUUAAAAUUACAACAAAGUACACCAAAAAGAAAGAGAGCACCAACUAAAAAAUCAGAAACUCCAGCACCAGCUGAAAAAACACAACCACCACAAAGCAAUGAACAACCAACUACACCAUCAUCAUCUAAAAUCACCACACCACAAAAACCAACAAUAUCAGAAUCAAAACCAACACCAAAAUCUUCAAAUAAAAAACAACCAACAACUCCAUCAUCAUCAUCAUCAUCAUCAAAUAAAUCUACAGAAAAGAUUACAACACCAACUAAAAAUGAUAGUUCAUCUACAUCAUAUCCAUUAACACCAGUUUCAACUGAAGAAGGUAAAUUUGAUUCAACACCAAUUAAAAUUCAAACUGAUUCACCAAUUGGAAAACAAAAUGAUACAAAUACUACAACCAAUAAUAAAAAUAAAAGAUCAAUUCAAGAAACUACCACUACAACAACAACAACAACAGAUGAUAUUAUUAAUAAAACACCAAUUCAAAAUUCAAAGAAAAUUAAACCAGAUACACCAUUUCCAAAUGAAUUGAAACCAAAAUCAAAUUCAAACUUUGAAUUUAGAGUACCUGAUAUUGUUAAACCAACCAAAACUUCAAGUAAUUUAUCAAAAGUUUUAAAUAAACUUGAUACCACUAUAUUACCACCACCAUCAUCUUUACCAUCUACUACCACAACUACCACUACCACCACUACAAAAGAAAAAACACCAACAAAAGAUGUACCAAUUAAAGAAAAAACACCAAUAAAAGAAAAAACACCAACAAAAGAAGUAUCAACUAAAGAGAAAACACCAAUAAAAGAAAAAACACCAGUUAAAGAACAAACACCAACUAAAUCAACUCCAGUUAAACAAACCCCAGUUAAAGAAAUAUCUAAAGAAACUCCAAUUAAAUCAACACCAGUUAAAGAAACUCCUGUCAAAUCAACUCCAGUUAAAGAAACACCAGUUAAAGAAACUUCUAUUAAAGAAAAAACACCAGUUAAAGAAACGCCAAUUAAAUCAACACCAAUUAAAGAAACACCAAUUAAAUCAACACCAAUUAAAUCAACACCAGUUAAAGAAAAAACUGAAGUUAAACCAACUCCAGCCAAAGAAAAAAUUGAAGUCAAACCAACUCCAAUUAAAGAAAAAACUGAACUUAAACAAACUCCAGUUAAACAAACUCAAGUUAAAGAAACACCAGUUAAACAAACUCCAAUCAAAGAAAAAACUGAAGUUAAACCAACUCCAGUCAAAGAAACACAAAUUAAAGAAAAAACACCAACCAAACCAACUCCAGUUAAAGAAACUCCAAUUAAAGAAAAAACACCAGUUAAACAAACACCAAUUAAAGAAAAAACUGAAGUUAAACCAACUCCAGUUAAGGAGACUUUAAUUAAAGAAAAAACACCAGUUAAACAAACUUUAGCUAAACAAACCCCAAUAAAAGAAAAGUCUCCAGUUAAACCAACUAUUUCUAAAUUACCAAAUAAAGAUAUUGAAUCAGAGGAUGAAGAAUUUGAAGAUGAAGAAGAUGAUGAAGAAUUUGAAGAUGAUGAAGAAUUAGAAAGUGAAGAAGGUGAAGAGUUAGAGGGCGAAGAAUUGGAAGAAGAUGAUGAAGAAGAAUUUGAUGGCGAAGAUUUGGAAGAAGAAGAGGAUGAUGAAGAAUUAGAUGGUGAAGAAGUUGAAGAAUUAGAGGGUGAAGAAGUUGUAGAGGAAGAUGAUGAAGAUCAAGAAAUGGAAGAUGACGAAGAUCAAGAAAUGGAAGAUGAUGAUGAUGAAGAAGAAGAAGAAGAAGAAGAAGCAGAAGAAGAUGAUGAAGAAGAAGAUGAAAAUACAAUCAAAGAGCUUGAUAUUAACUUUUUAAAAGCUGUAAAUAGUAAUAAAGAUUCAAUUAAAAAGAGUCAAUUAGAAAAUAAAAGAAAAAUAGAAGAACAACUUUUAGAAAAACAAUUAAAAGAAAAGAGAGAUAGAAUUAAAAAGAAAAGAGAAGAAAGAAGAGCAAAAGAAAAUCCAUCAUUCAUCAAAGCACUUGCAGUUGGAAGUGUUGAUGAAUAUAUCUUUAAUUUAACAAAAUCAUUUAAACAACAAAAAGAAACUGAAAGAAAAGAAAAAGAACAAAAAGUUUUAUCUUCAUCUGGUAAAAAAGUUAGAGAUUAUAUCAAAUUCAAAUCAAUCUCUCGUGGUAGUCGUCAAAAAGUUUCAAAAACUUCAUUAUUAAAAAGAUAA